AUGGCGCGGCCACCACUGCAGCUCCCAGCGCGUGGGCCCUGGGCCCCCCCGGCGCCCUGGCUCCUUCAGCCUUUUGUGCUCCCCAAAACCUUCUACCCCCGAGGUCUGCAGAGGGCUCCAUGCGGCUGCUGCUUCCACCCCCAGCUCUUCCACAUCCCAUGGACGAGCACCCAUCCGCCUCCACUGGCCACGGCCACGCUUGGCCGCGCUGCCGCUUCUCUGCCGGGUGCUGCCCUGUGGGGUCCCGGGGGCUGCGGGACCCCCCCGGCUUGGGCAGCCCAUCGGAGCCCCCAGGGACAGCCGCAACACCUCCCACCCUACACGCAGCAGGGGAGAGCGGUGACCCCAGCCCCCCCGCUGCUGCCGACGUCCAUCCCCAGCUACCAGCAGAUCCAGGGGCAGCCCGCAGAGACCAAGACCUCCGGCAGUGCCACCCCCAGGGCAGCACCCCCGGGAAGCAACAUCCCCCCGGGCAGCGACGUCCCCCCCAGCCCCUCUGCUGCCCCCCACGAGCAAGCCCUGGGGGACCCCACAGGCGACCUCGCCGUGGCUGAGGAGGUCCUUCUCGAAGAGGCCCUGAGGCUCUUUGGUUGCUCCCCGGACGCGGUGGGGGUCAGCCAGGACGCUCCCAGCAGCGGCCCCAGGCCUGGGGACCCUGGUGGCACCGGCGCAGCCAUCCCCCACUGCGACUUCGCCUCGCUCUCCCUGCCCGAAGAGCUGCUCAGCCCCGACUACAGCGUCCCCGAGACCGCUGACGCCAUCCUCAGCCUGGACGAGUUCGUCAUGGGGCUGGAGCCCCAGGAGCCGUGGGGGGAUGAGGGCAGGGACCUGCCACCGUCCCAGCCCGCCACGGCAGAGAAGCGGGGGAAGAAGCGGGCCACGAGCACCUCGCCAAAGCCAGCCAGCAAGCGCAGGGCUCUCGCCGGCAGCACGGGGGUGGCAAUCCCUCUACAAGGCCUCUUGUCCCUCAAGAGAGUCAACAGCACUGCCCAGUUUGGGAGCGUCAGCAAGCUUGCCAAUGGGGCAUUCACCUCCCGCAUCCAGACCAUGGAUCAAAACAGUGAACAGCACCGGCCCUAG